GGUAUGAAGCUCGAUCACCCGAUCACCUCCCCGCAUUCUCCGCACGGCAACGCCCUUGCCUUGGUUCGACUCUCUCCACCAACAACCGCGACUCCAGUCUGGCCUACCGCGCGUAUUCCACCACCCAGUCGCACAACGAGGCGGCCAACUGACAACUGACGACCCCCGGGACUUCGCGAAGGACAUGCGCUCCCUGUCGCGGGCCAGUAGUCGCAGCUCCGACCAUUCGGCCAAGGACCAUGUAGAUGCUAUCUCUAAUUACGUGGUCCACGAGGAGGUUGCCCGAGGCACCAUGUCUGUGAUUUACCGCGCGACCUGCAAACGAGGUCGUCUGCGGGGCCGCCAGGUGGCCCUGAAGAUGACGCCUAUUUCCAAACUCGACAGCAUUUCGGGGGUUAGCUAUAAGAACUCGAGCACCCUCCACCAAUCGCUCCAUCAUCCGUGCAUCGUCACCCUCUUCUCGGAGUUCUCUACGAUGUCAGACAGUUACCAAGUCCUGGAGCUCUGUCCUAGGGGCUCGUUGCAAGACUUUCUCCGGGCUCGUCGUCCGCCCGUCCUAUCUGAAGAUGAACUCAGAGGCAUCUUGAAGAACCUCGUGGACGCCCUCGCGUAUCUGCGCAGGCAGCGUAUUCUACAUGGUGACAUCAAGCCAGGGAACAUCCUCCUCACAGAUGACCUUCGUGCUAAGCUGUCGGGAUUUGAUCAUGCUAUCCAGCUGCCGACAAUGACCUCGACGGUAUCGACGUUUCGCAAACCGAAUGCCUAUAGUGCUCCAGAGGUCGUCUCAGGGACGGCUUACGGCUUCAGCAUCGACGUAUGGGCACUCGGCUGCUUGGUGCUGACAUGUUCUACGAGUAACUCUUCUCCUGAGUCGUUCUUCACCGAUAACAUACCACAUACGUUGUCAUUGGAGGUCAGAGAUCUUGCUUCUCAGAUGCUACACAAGAACCCAGAUCGCCGUAUCGACUUGCAUUGCAUACUCUCGCACACAUUUUUCAAGCCUUCCCAGACUUUCCAACCGCCGACUACAGUCUCCAUGCGCCCACGAUCAUCGAAUGACUCCGACAAAGAAAACGAGUCGACGCCGCGCCCUACCAAGCAAGCCAAGUAUCCAACCCUAUUGUCCAAAGGCGCCCCUCCUCCCAGAGGCGCUCUUUUCGCUCGCCCGCCUGAUCUAGCCGUAGGCAGGAGGCUCCUCGCUGAAACCCGGAACAGCGAUCUUCGUAGGGUCCUCAGCGAUGAGAUUAGUAGGACAACUGUCCCUUCUGCGCUUGCAAGACGAUUCGUAUCUGCGCCUCAAUCCAGUAGUGCGGGCAACAGGGCGUUGCGCUUCGCUUCAAGUCACUUAGGAAAGCUUGGAGCGAGCUCGAUGCCUGCGACGCCUGCCUUGACUGAUGACAUUGCGUCGGUGUCUUCGGGAGAGAACGGUUCCUAUAACGAAGACGUACACGAGACGAUGGCGGGUACCGGAAUAGUGCAUCCUCUGCUUGCUCGCUCAAAGGGUCGGAUCGACUCACAAUCAACGCAGGAGCGCACCGCCGUAGGUUCUGGCGCUCCAUCGCUGCGACAGCAGACCAGAGCCUCCUCGGCUGCCAAAGAAACAGACAAGGUGCCGUCGCAUGCAGUACCGAAUCCGCUGCAUCAGAGAAGAACCACGUCCGCACCCAGCGUCGCGUUGCCAACCCUGGUCUCUGCGCCGGAGGCGAUAUCCACCGCGUACCUCAGCCCACAAACGCACAAGGUCGCGCACGGCCAGCUCGUAGUCCUCCCGUCGAGGUCGUUACUCGUCGACUUCCGCGAAGGCGAGCGGCGGAGGGGAAAGAAGGGGAACGAGGUCUUGUUGAUCAGUCCUGAUGGCAGCACGAUCCAGGUGUAUAGCGCGCCUCACUUGAGCACGCCGUGUUGCUUAGCAGAACCUCUGGCUACAUACGUACUCAGUGGAUUGCCCGAGGCCUACAGGAAGGCUUACGAUGAUGCGAACCGGUUGGUGAACCAACUCAAGCAGCGUGUACCCAAGUUGGUGUUGUACCAGCCCGACUACAAGUGCACUCUGAUGGCCAACGAGCCUCUCGGCGACAUCGAGCUAAUCGGCAAAGGCCACUCUCCAGAGAACCUCAAAGCACACGGACUCUUGACCUCCAACGAACCACACAUGCGCAUCACGCUCCGACGCCGAAGACAGUCAGUCGAAAUAGCGCGCUUCAUACCGUCCGCACAGACUCAAACGAAAGCGGGCACGGGCGAGUGGAUACGGAAGGUGCUGCCGGUGACGACGGACUAUCUGUGCGUUUCGCAGGAGACCCUGGCUGCGCUCGAGGUGGGUGAGCGCGAUGGGCUGGAACGACUGGCUGUGUUUCUGCAGCUCUGCGAGGCUUUGGAGAUGCAGGAGCGGGACUUUCUGGGAUAUGCUGCUUCUGGGUGCGCCCCAGGACAACUCGGGCAACACAAGAACGAUGCACUUCAGCAGGGAUUCGAGACGCAAAAGAAGGACGGGCUUGCUGGACUAGACCGGCUCCGCGCGCAUUCACGAGCACCUUCCCCGGACGGAUAUGUCUCUGACGACGGCGAAGGCGGUACUUUGGCAACUAUGGCAACCUCAGCUAGCACGAAGGCAUUGCCGUCUUUCGAGCUGGCACCUCGUCCCUACAAGUUCUCUGCCAGUCUUCACUCGCGGUCUAGGGCUACGUCUAUCACCCCUGGUUCAUAUAUUGGUGACCGCUCUGGAUCUGCUCCGCUCGUGGAUCAACCUGAAUCGCUGCCUGCAUCCUGUGCUAAGCCUGGCUCUGACUCGCAACACCGAUUCAGUUCUCUCAGUUCUUCAUCUGGUGCCGACGCUCUGGAAACAAGGUUUCUACCCUCCGUAGGGUGGUGCAUGCGAAGCGUCUCUUCUGGCUCCAAGUGCUACAAGAUAAUGUUUCAAGAUGGCGCCACGCUGGAGGUCGACGCGUCCAAGAAAGACGAUGAAUUCUGGUACGCGAAGACUUCCGAGGAGCACCCUAUGCACUUGCUCCGCGCUCAAGCUAUGAAGCUCAUUCCGCAGCGCGUGGAGGCGUACAAGACGUUUGUCGAUAUGUUCUGCGAUCACUAGUGUUCUCGGCCUCGCUCUCUGGCAUCUGUGUGUAUCAAUACGACUCAACUAAUUGUUGUGUACUAUACGACCCGUCUAAUUGUAUCGUAUCUCAAUUAUUGUUUACUCUCCUUACGACAGGGUGUCUUUCAGCAC